CAGGCUGCAGCCGAGAGGCCAAAUCCAGAGCCAGCGCCGCCCUCCACAACAUCAUCUACUCCCAGCAGGACGAGGGCCAGGCCCGCCGGGAGAUGAGGGUCCUGCACAUGCUGGAGCAGAUCCGGACCUACUGUGACAGUGGCUGGGACUGGAUCGAGAGCCACGCUGGGACUCCUUCACCCGGGGGAACCAGGACCACCGAUAUUCCUGAACCUGUGGACCCUCAGAUCUGUCAGGCCAUGUGCGCCAUCAUGAAGCUUUCCUUUGAAGAGGAGUACAGACGAGCCAUGAAUGAAUUAGGUGGUCUGCAGGUGGUGGCUGAUCUGAUCCACCUGGACCAGGACAUGUACGGGAUGCAGAACGAUCCCAUCAACAUGGCGCUGCGACGGUAUGCAGGGAUGGCUCUGACUAACCUGACGUUUGGAGACGUCGUCAACAAGGCAACUCUGUGCUCAAAGAAGAGCUGCCUCCAGGCUCUGGUGGCCCAGCUGGCCUCCGACAGUGAGGAGCUUCACCAGGUGGUCUCCAGCAUCCUGAGGAAUCUGUCCUGGAGGGCUGACAUCAGCAGCAAGAGAGUCCUCAGAGACAUCGGCUGUGUGUCUGCACUGAUGACCUGCGCCCUGCAGGCCACCAAGGAGUCGACCUUGAAGAGUCUUCUGAGCGCUCUGUGGAACCUGUCGGCUCACAGCAUCGACAACAAGGUGGCGAUCUGCUCAGUGGACGGCGCUCUGGGCUUCUUGGUCAGCACUCUGACGUACCGGUGUCAGACCAACUCACUCGCCAUCAUCGAGAGCGGAGGAGGGAUACUCCGAAAUGUGUCGAGUCUGGUCGCCACACGAGAAGACUACAGGCAAAUCCUCAGGGACCAUAACUGCCUCCAGACUCUGCUGCAGCACCUGCGCUCCCACAGCCUGACCAUAGUGAGCAACGCCUGCGGGACUCUCUGGAACCUUUCAGCCCGGAGUCCAAAAGACCAGGAGCUGCUGUGGGACCUCGGAGCCGUUAGCAUGCUGCGCAACCUUAUCCAUUCCAAGCACAAGAUGAUAGCCAUGGGCAGCGCUGCAGCUCUAAGAAACCUCCUCACCAACCGACCCCUGAAAUAUAAGGAUGCUGCGGUUGUAUCCCCUGGCUCCUGCAUGCCUUCCCUCUACAUGAGGAAACAAAAGGCACUGGAGGCAGAGCUGGAUGCCAAACACCUAGCAGAGACCUUUGAUACUCUUGAGAAACAGAGCCCCAAGCAUCUAACCCUCAACAAGCCACUACGGCACAUUGAGAGUCUGGCGAAGGAUUAUGCAUCUGAUUCUGGUUGUUUUGAUGAUGAUGAGGCCCCCAACAUCUCCAGUAGCCUGGACACUGGCAGCUUCUCUAUGCUGUCUAUGUUCCUUACCAAUUCUAACUUCCUGCAGAACCAGCCCCGUAAGAGGGAAAGUGAACCGGAGAGAGACGUAGAACCACAUCAGAUGGCAGAGAAGAGACAUGCACCUCCUGACGAUGUGGUAUCUGCUGCUGCAGAGAAGCUAGCCAAAAAGAUCACCAACACGGUUGCCAAGAUCGACAGAUUAGUCGAGGACAUCACCAUGCACACAUCCUCGGAGGACAGUUUGAGCCUCAGCUCUGAGGAUCACCUGGCAGACUGGCCUUAUGGACUAGAUGAACUCAAUGAAGCCCGAGCAAAAUCAUGCUCCCCCUGCCGUCUCUCUGAUACAAGCAGCCUGGCCCACAGAGAACGUCUCAGUAGAGCCCAUGCCCUCUUGCGCCUCAAAACUGCCCACACAAGUGUAUCAACAGAUAGCCUAAACAGUGGCAGCACUAGUGACGGCUACUGUGGCAGCAAAGAUCAGAUGCGACCUGCUCCAAGAGCUCUAAUGAUACAACAACAACGACCAAACCAGCUUGACCUCAAGUUAGCUCAUCAAGACUACUUAAAUGUAGGACCUUCUGUCCUGAAUGAGACUAACCAGCAAGAUAUUCCAGAGAGGGAUUCUGUGGACAACAAAGAUGUGAAAGCUCUAGAGCUUAGCAACACAGAUGCAGAAAAGAACCAGGAUCAACCUGUGCAAACACCUGUCAGUGCAUCCACUAAAGUCUCCUCUGAUGUCAGCAUGACUUCAAUUAAACUGUCUCCAUCUUAUCAACAGGUCCCGCUCAUUCAAAGUGUGGCCAAAUUUGGUGUAGCAAAGACAGCAAUCAAUGUCCAGGCUGCCCAGGCAAUGAGGAGGCAAGCAUGGGUACCUACUGUGAUGACAGGAGGGAGCAUUACAAAAUUUUCACCCAUGACAUCCACCCGAAGCCCAACCAUUGGGACGAUGGAGACAGUCCAGAAAUACUCUGUGGAGAACACCCCAAUCUGCUUCUCCCGCUGCAGUUCACUGUCUUCCCUUUCCUCUGGCGAUGGAGCACUGGAUGGGCAAAGUGAAAAUGAGCUGGAGAGUGACUCAUCAUUAGAAAUAAUUGAAGUGGAGGAUGGAGAGGUAGUGAAGAGAGCUGAAGAGGAUGAAACCUUGGAGGAUCUGAGUGAUAGCCAGCUGCUGAUGACAGACUCAAAAACCUUCCCAAGCAAAGAGACAAAUCCCAUUGAGAUCCCCUGUCCUGCCAAAAGAGAAAAGGUGUUCCUUAGAGGUGCUUCACCAGCCAUACUUGAAGACAGAUCUCCAUCCAGUUCAUCUGAGAAUUACAUCCACGAAACACCCCUUGUAAUGAGUCGCUGUAGUUCAGUCAGUUCUCUGGGCAGCUUUGAGUCUCCCUCUAUUGCCAGCUCAAUUCAAAGUGAUCCUUGCAGUGAGAUGAUUGAUGGGACGAUAAGCCCCAGUGAUCUUCCUGAUAGCCCAGGGCAAACCAUGCCUCCAAGCCGGAGUAAAACUCCAUGUUGUGUUGAUUCGAAUGGACCAGAAACGCAGUCCACAGGAAUAGCAGGCCAGUGGGAAAGCAGCCUGCGAAAGUUUAUGGAGAUCGCAGAUUCCAAGGAGAGGUUUAACCUUCCUCCUGACCUAGACACAAUGAUCUACUUCACUGUGGAAAAGCCCACUGAAAACUUCUCUUGUGCUUCAAGCUUAAGUGCUCUGCCUCUUCACGAACAUUACAUACAGAAAGAUGUGGAGCUGAAAUUGACCCCCCUGCUCCAGCAAAAUGACAAAAAUCUUCCUUUCCCUGAUGAGGAUGAACAAGGACUUGACCAUGGGGAGAGAUACAGUGAGGGAAACUCAGACGAUGACAUAGAAAUUUUAAAGGAAUGCAUCAACUCAGCCAUGCCCUCAAAGUUCAGAAAAGUUAGACCUUCCCUGAUGACCACAAUCCCUCCUCAUAUCCUCAAUUCCCAGAUCCGAAAACCGAUACAUCUUCCUGUGUACAUGAUGCUCCCGAAUGGCAAAACCCAAAUGUGUCCUGGGAGGAGAAUUGUCAUCCCACAGAAGGACUUCAAAUUUGACGAUUCAUCAUUCACUGAUUCUGCAGAAGGUACCCCUGUUAACUUCUCAAGCACAACAUCGCUAAGUGACGAAACACUUCAGUAUCCAGUGAAAGAGAGGGGGGCUAAAGACUGCACAGCUAAAGGUAUGAACAAACAAGAACUGCUUGAUGAUGAGGCAAAGAGGAUUGAAGACUUGAGGAUAUUCUCACACUUCCACAAACCCAACAGGAUGAACUACCCACCUGAGAUACAAAUGAACCGAACAACCAAACAUGUCAUUCCCACUCAGAGGGUGCUGAUGCAGAGCAAAGAGGUAGCUGACAGAGUGGCGAGCCAAAGAAAUCGUGAUCAGUCUCCUAAUCAGCAAAAGAAGAGGCAGGGUCAAGGCCCCCUCAGGAAACUGGAACUGCCUGUCAUUAAGCAAAACACAGACAGUAACCUUAAUGUGGGAUCACAAAAAGGAAACACAAUCUUCCGACAAAUGACACAUUCUUCAGAGGACAGCAAUGGCUUCUAUGAUGAUGAUAAUGAAAAAGAUGAAGCAAUGAAGCGAAUGAGUAGAAAACAGAUCAGGGAGGCAAGUAGAAAUACUCUUUCCCGGAGCAUGACAAAUAUUGGCAGGGUUGAUAAUUCCCAAGCAAAGCCCAGAGGGUUUCACAGGAUAAAACAGAAUCUGAUAAAGGAUGAAUCCCUGGCAUGUUACUCACUCAGCUCCUCUCUUAGUUCACUGAGCGAUGCCGAGUUUGAGGAUCAGAAAUCAAAAGCCCAACAAAUAUGGUAUAAAAACAGACACAACAAAACACUGAAUAUGGUGCAACAAGCAAAGCCUAUGACCAUCCACUGCCAAUAUGAAGAGCAAAGCUCACCGAGCUCUGUCAGCAUGGAUUCAGAGGAUGACCUCCUACAGAAAUGCAUAACAUCUGCCAUGCCCAAGCAGAGAAGGAAGCUUGCUGCCAGAAAGAAGAAAGCAGAAAAUAUCCAAAAACAAAAACAGAAAGCCUCUGAUGGUUGGAAUAUCGAAGAGGAAAUGGAUAGUGAUGAUACAGCAUGGGAUAAAGAUUCAGACCUCAAUAGUGUUGAAUGGAGAGCCAUACAGGAAGGUGCUAAUUGUGUUGUCACUGGGCUGCAGGCAUCAAAGUCUCAGGAACCAUCCUCUGAGGAGACUGAAUCCGUCCUGUCAUUCAUGUCAACGUCCAGCUUUACACCCAAAGAAAGGAAGUUUGCUAAAGAUAAAAAGGCAAAUAAACCUUUAGACUUUGCACAGCGCAAGCCAGUUCCAAACUUACCAGUGGUUUUCAGAGGAAGGACAGUGAUCUAUACACCGAAAAAAGAGACAGCUCCAUCACAAAGACCUCCUCCCAGAAAAGUACCAACCAAGGCAGAUGCUCCAAAGAAUCCAAAUCUUGCUCAGCACAGAUCAAAGAGCCUUCACCGAUUAGGCCACCCCCAGGAUAUAGAACUGUCUUUGCCAAAGAGGAGCUCUACUCCACCUCCAAGGAUACCAAAAAGUUCAUCCUCUGGAUCAUCGCAAAGCUCUACACCAUCCAAACAGUGGCAGAAGAAGAUCACAUCACCGACUCAGACAAAUAAAUCCAUCCAGAAGAAGAAUGCAACACCAGCCAGUAGCCCACCAGCUAGCAGUCCCCCUGAAAGAAAGGGACGUUCUCCUGUUGUGAAUCAAAAUGAAAAAUCCCCGCCACCUAAAACUCAGAAGUCACCUGUCCGAAUCCCUUUUAUGCAAAAUUCAGGCAGGCAACCCAGACCUCUGUCACCGCUGGUAACUAACCAAACAACCAGCAGACAAGCCAAUCAGGUCAAUGGGAAAAGGGUUCUACCCGCCAAUCGAUUUGACCUGGUCAGGAUGACUUCUGUCCACUCAAGUGGUGGUGAGUCUGAUCGCAGUGGAUUCUUGAGACAGCUGACUUUCAUUAAGGAAUCAAAGACUGUGCUGAGACGUGAUGGAUCUGCACGCAACUUAUCUGGAACUCAAAAUGGAUCUCCUCGCAGAUCAGUUCCUGGAGCUUCAGCUGUCUUCCUUUGCUCGUCACGCUGUCAGGAACUUAAGGCAGCUGUGCAAGCCCCAAGAAGGGUUCAAGUAAAAAGUCCAGGACAAGCACAGCAAGUUCAGAGGCCAGACCGUGGCCCUCAGAAGCAGAAUACAGCCCUCUCUCGAGCGACCUCCAGUGAAAGGGAUCUAUCUGCAAGACGCCCAGCCAGGAGAACCAGUUCUGAAAGCCCCUGCAGGGUGGCUCAACGAAACGGGCCUAGCAGAGCGCCCGGGGCCAGGCAGCAACAAGACAAAGAUAACUUUAAGCGUCACGCCUCAUCACCAAGCAUAAACAUACUAAGCCGAGUGACCAGCCGUUCUUCCCUCCGCUCCUCUUCAUCUGAUUCGAGUGGAAGAGCAAAGAGCGAGGAUGAUACAAAGAAGAAAGGGCAGAGAUCUGCAUCUCGGCUGAAUGACAGAGUCACCUGGAGGAGGAUCAGGGAUGAAGAUGUACCUCAAAUCUUGAAAAGCACUCUGCCAGCCAAUGCAUUACCUCUGGUGCCUUCUCCUGACGGGGAAAAGCCAAAGCCACCAGCUCUUCCAGGAAAACUGCCAACCAUUCUACUUGCAUCUCGCAAGACAAGUGACGCAACAGUCCAGACAGAAGAUUUUGCGAAUAACAAGAUCAACUCGAGCACCUCUCCAACAGUCGAAACAGCUCCAGUGAUCUCAGAGGAAGUGGCACGACUUGCACUCCUCCGAAAGAUCAGUGCCACCUCCGGGAGUAACCUCCAGGAUGGUGAUUCAGAUGCUUCCCUGAGGAGCCACAGCACCGUCUCCACAGGAACAACAGACAGCUAUGUGGGCGGAGUUGUCCAUUUCCGCCAAGGAUCCCCCAGCAAGGCCGUCCGAGUCACCCCAUUCAACUACAUCCCCAGCCCCAUGGCCUGCUGCCUGCAAGACACACAGAGCCAAGCACCCACAAUCAAUGAGAAAUCAGGGGAAAAAAGUGAGUCAUAGGACGUUAAGUGGAUUACUGGACGACUCUGCUGUGUUCCUGAAUGAAACUCAGCGCUCAGGUGGACAAACGAGGAGUGUGCUGGUCCCUAUACCUCGGAUACUGACCCUUUACUUUCCCCAUUGUCUGAGUUCAAGUUUUUUCUCUCUCUGAACAGUUGAUCACAGCUUCCAUCUCCCAUUCAUACAGGGUUGGAUGUAUGCAUUGAGGACAGGUCUGACAUGAACAGGCCUCCAAUAACUUGUAGAGAUGCGCUUCAGAGAAAAAUCACAUGAAAAGGAAGUGCAUCUUUUUGUACUUUUUUUGUAUUUGUAGAAUAAUCAUUGCCUGGUAGAAAUGUAGUGACAACAUAAAGCAAAAGACAAUGAACUUGAUUUCAGCACAUAAAUCACCAUCGGUCUCCUGGACAGAAUCGAUAAAAAGAACAAUAUUAUGCAAACUUUUGAAUGAUAACUCAGCUGGACUUUUACCUAAAAAAGGUACAAACCGUGGCGGACUGUUGACAGACUUUCACAAAGGACACAAAUACUCUGACAUGUAAAUUAUUUUUUACAUACAGUACAUCAACGCUUUGAGCCUUUGCCUCACCACUCAACCGCAUAUGAUACACUGUUAGCCUUUCCUGUUACAUACAGAGCCCAGCGGGGAGGAGGGGUACAUUUUUGGUAAAACAUUCCUUCAAAUUGAGGAACUGUUAUUCCAUUUGUCCUUGUCACCUUAACACUUCUGCUGUAAAGCAUCAAGGUUUUAAACUGUUUAACUUUCAUCUUGGACUGAAGUAAGUGGAUGUACUCUGGGUUUGAGACACUGAAGCUACAGAUAGAUGCAAAAGUGAAAAGGAAAAGGGAUAAUUAAAUGAUUAAGAGGAUGAUUUCUUAUAUACAAGGACACAGCUUAUAAUUUGUGGAAACUGCUUAUGUACAAGCUUCUAAUUCAUGGGUAGGAGUAGGCGAUAUGGAGAGUUCCAUGACUUUAUAUGUAAUUUUAUUGGAUAAAAUAAUCAGACAGUAAUGGUUGUUUUUGCUGAUCCAGCAGAUUAAAUAUCUAACAACGUUUCAUUUCAUUGAUGUAAAAAUCAUUUACAAAGCGGUUUUACACAGUAAUUAGCAAAAUUGCAGUUGCAAUAGCCUAAACAAGCAUAAAUCUUAUUGGAACACAACACUGUAUUGUAAUAUCGCCUACUCCUACUUGCAGGAAUGCAAUGAUAUCUAUACUUAUCAGUCAGAUUAUAAAUAUAAGGGGAUGAUUUAUCACAAGUUUUCACCCUGACACCUUCUGGACUCUGUUUCAUUCACUGCUGCAGAAAAUAUUAUAGCAAAUUCUGUCAUUUUCCAAACUAUCAGCUGAUUCUGGGUCACUUCACACUCUCCUGUACUCUCUGUCUUAACCAGUAUUGUAAAUAACAUGCAGAUAUACAAAAUCUUCAAAGCUUCCCGGUGGGCAAAAGAAUCUCUGUGUUGCUCCCUGACAGCAUGCUAAUAUACUCACUGACUGUAUCACACACAGCUGUUAACAUUGUGGACACUGGAUGACGAUGAUGUUGUUGUUCAGUGGUAAAAUACUUUCUAAAGCCCGGCGAGAGCAUUACUAGCAAUCUGUAUUAUUGUGCCGCAAAGACCUAUAAUGCUAUAAACUGUCAGCGUAGAUGAACAAAGCGACGACAUGCCUCUGUUAAUCGAAUGCUCUGACAUUAUAUUUGUGUUUGCUACUAGAUUCAGGUACUGUUUGCUGUUGGGUAUUUCCUGUCAGGAAAUGAUGGUCAGGCAGGUGUGUGUCCUUACAGAAGUUAUCCUCUGGAAGUCUUUAUAAACGUGUUAAUAUCUGCUUAACUGUGUUGCUGUAAAAGUAGUGAUAGGUCGAGAAGAAGUCGAACAUUAAGACGAUGAAUAUUCUCUGUAGUUGUACCAUCACUCCUCCAUGUGUGCUCGGAGACUAAAGACAGCAGAGUUCUGGACAGAACGAAGAUUAAUCUUCACUGAGGGGCUGUUCACUGAGAAAAAUAAGGUUUUGUAUUUACUACUACCACCCUGUUGUAUUUCCAAAGCAUGUUUUGAAUAUAAAUAAAACCCAAGUAGCUUCUGAAUGCAAACCUUAAGUCCCGCUGACCAUUUUAAGAUAUUAAAGUGACGCUCUGAACAUAAUCUUUGAGUAUAAAGCACUGGGCUCAGUUUGUGAAAUGAUGAGUUCUAAAGCUGCUGGUUGUUGCUUCACAAACCAGAAAGGCUUUGGAUGUAUCUCUGAACGUCAUUCCACAAACCUAAAAUCUUUUGUCCCUUAUUGAAGGGAGGUAUAAAGGUGAAUUUCUAAACUUUGCAGUCGAGCAUUUAAUACUCAGAAGACAGAUUAUUGUUGGAGAAUCACUUUAACAGCCCCUUCAAGAUUAAACGAGUGAUGAAAACUGUGUGAAUGAGAUGAACAAGGAAUUCAGCUCCAUCAGAAGGUCCUGAGAGUUCGUCUACCAUCACGGUCGGUGGCCUGGUUCACACCUGGCUGGAGAUCAGUUUCCAAACUACUGCAGGUGGAUUUCAACUCUGUCCUUUGGGUUAACUUUGCUCCAACUCACAGACUGAAUGUUUAACUAUCCUGAGUAUUUCAUAAAAUCUGAACCUGCCUGUGAACGAGGCCACAGCUGCCUGAUGGUGCCAUGUGAAAUAGGCAAAGCAACAGAGGUGUGUCAUUAUAAAUGUUUUCAUCCAAUAAAAAGUGACGUGUUUCAUUAA